AUGGGGAUCAUAAUCAAAGAUGACGAAGGGGAGGCCCAGGCAGCAGCAUAUGCUCAAAGAAGUAAUGUCCAGCAACCUGAAUUAGCAGAGCGAUGGAAAGCCAUGGAGUUUUGUAGGGAUCUGAAUUUCCAAAAGGAACUUACCCAGUGGAAGAUGAUUGGAAUAGCUAGAAGAUCGGCUGGGCUUUACAUACUGCAGAAAUCAGGUGCUAGUGAUGUUGUGGUUCAACCUAAAUUAGCUCUUGUAAACUCUGUAACAAAUCCUGCCAUUAAUACAGAUUUAAAUGAAGAAAUUUUCAUGAAAGCACCUCCUGGUUAUCUAUCUAAGGGGGACUCUCAGUCAAAUGUAGAUUACUCAUUGUUUACUAAGAAUGAAGAAAAUUCAUUUGUGACCCUAUUGCUUUAUGUGGAUGAUAUCAUGCUUGCUAGCAGUGAUUUAGAGUCAAUUGAAUAUGUCAAAGCAGCCUUAACUCUUCAAUUUAAAUUGAAAGAUUUGGGACCAGCCAAGUUCUUUCUCGGGAUGGAAAUUGCAAGAUCACAAAGAGGCAUUUCUUUAUCUCAAAGAAAAUAUACUCUUGAUCUACUAGUAGAUUUUGGUUUGUUAGCUGCCAAAACUAUUUUGUUUCCAAUGGAUACUCAUGUUAAAUUGUCAAAAGAUGAAGGUGACUUGGUUGAUGAUAUUUCUGGUUAUAGAAGAUUGAUUGGCAGAUUAAUUUAUCUUACUCAUACCAGACCAGACAUUACUUUUGCAGUCUACCAUUUGAGUCAAUAUCUGGAUAGUCCUCGAAUACCACAUCUUCAAGCUGCAAUGAGGAUUCUCAUAUACUUGAAAUUAGCUCCUGGACAAGGUCUUUUAUUUCCAACUCAUUCCAAAGUGCAUAUAAAGGCAUUUUCAAACUCAAAUUGGGCAAGUUGUAUAGAUACUCGCAGGUCAGUCAGUGGAUAUUGUGUUUUCAUUGGGGAUUCUCUGGUAUCUUGA